UCAUCUCACUACUACUAGCUCCAGCAGCUCAGGCAAGCCGCCCCGCCAUGCGGUCAGACAUAUCGUGCAGACUCAGUCCAUCAUCGUGUUAUAUAGCUCCUCCUCCAGUUACACCGCAGAAGCAGUUCCGGUGACGUAGCCACGUCCGUGACGUCUGGCCCUUUCCUGUCGCAGAGUUGGAGACACAUUGUUUUCAUCAUCUAUAGAAGUGAAUGAGCACAUGCUCAUAGUGGAGACUAUGCCCUAACAUCCAUAGUAGACAGUUGGAGCUGGAACAGGUGAAAUAGAAAUGAAGGUAUAUAUGGACACACAGUUUUGCCUGAUUUGUUUACUUACAUUUAUUUUUCAUCACUGCAACCAUUGUCACGGAUAUGUGCAUGAUCACACGUCCGAAGAAAGCCACGUUCACAGUCACAAUGACUAUCAAAUAUCUGAAGAACCAUAUCUUAAGAAUGGAGCUACAGUGGGGUCAGCAAGUAAGGCUUCAUUACUGGAAGCUGAACAUGAGCAAAAGUAUUAUAUUGAAAAAUUGUUCCAUCGCUACGGGAAGAAUGGAAGAUUGUCAUAUAAUGGGCUUGAAAAGCUUUUAAACAGUUUGGGCCUUGGUGAGGUGAAAGUAGUUGAAAUAGGUCAUGAAGACAUUGGUCACGACCCUGUUUCACAUUUGGAUGUUUUAGACGUUCAAGAAGGAAAGCAUGUACAUGAUCACCUAGAUUCCCAUUCCCACACAGAUCUAAUAAAUGAAACAAAAAGUACUGUAUCUACAAAAGAGCAUAACAAAUGUAAAGAGAAUAAAGCAGGAACUUCCUUGCCUGUGGAACAUAAAAAAAACCAUCAUCAUUUGCACCAUCACACUCAUAAUGGUACGUACCAUUCUCAUAACAAUAGCCACCAUAACCACAGCACUACAGUCAGUCGCGUGCAUAAUGAAUUGCAAACGAACGAGCCAUUGUCUGGAACAAACACAACCCAGGAACAACCUGAAAAAAAGCUUCACAAGCAAAAGAAGAGACGGAAAGGCACAAAAAACAGUGAGACUACGAUUACCUCAGAGUUUGUAUUUGAACAAGCUCAGGAUGAACACAACCAUGUUUACAAAGCUGAUAAUAACUUUGAUGGGUCUCAAAUUCAUGGAAAUGGGGAUAUUCAUGUUUUGGAAUCUGAGGAAAACAGUCGGGUGUCUGAAAAUGGACAGAGAAACACUCGUAAAAGAGAGGCUCCUAAUGAACAGAUUAGUAUGAAAAAGCACAAUGAAGAUAUCCAUGAGCAUGAUGAGUGUUUGAAUGUCACUCAACUCCUCCAUUAUUAUGGGCUGAAUAUCAACUCUCCAAUUUCUCCUGUUCAGUUUGCUUACCUUUGCCCAGCGCUGUUGUAUCAGAUUGAUAGCCGGUUUUGCAUCAAACAUUUUACUGAUCUACAAGUAGAGAAUGUGGAAAAAAGUACAGAAGGAGGAGCAUCUGCGUGGAUUUGUGGCUUCAUCUCUAUCACAGUCAUCAGCCUGUUAUCCCUUCUGGGAGUUAUUUUAAUUCCAAUCAUUAACCAAGGCUGCUUCAAGUUCCUCCUCAACUUCCUUGUUGCUUUAGCUGUGGGAACAUUAAGCGGAGAUGCACUACUUCAUCUGUUGCCUCAUUCACAAGGUGGGCAUGACCAUGGUUCAGAAGAAUCUGGGCAUAACGGUCAUGCUGAAGAGGAGGAUUUUCUGGUGGAGUAUGACAGCGUUAUGAAAGGUCUUGUAGCUCUUGGUGGAAUUUAUCUCCUGUUCAUAGUGGAGCAUUGUCUACGAAUGUUUAAACACUAUAAAGAGCGAAGGGGGAAACCAAAUAGGCUGAAUCGGAAACAGAAAGUGGAUGAGUCUGCAGUUGGGAGAGAAUUAUCUGAUCUCAAACGUAGAUCAGAUGUAGAAUGGUUGCAACUAAAACCUUUAGCAGGGAAUGAAGAUCCAGCUGCAACUGAGGGCCAGCAACUAAAUGAAACCGAAAUGACGUACAUUGAUAGUAUCCAUCAGUCGCCAAUGAAGGUUUUUGUUCCAGUAGAAGAUGUCCUGCAACACAGUAACAAGGACAGCUCUUACGAUGACGAUCACAGUGUGGACGAUGGACAGUUUGAAAAUAAUUAUACACAGGCAGAAAAGCCAAAGAAUUAUAAACAACACAAACACUCCCACCAUUCCCAUGGCCACUGCCACUCUGGGAAAGAACUGAAGGAUAAAGGCAUUUCCAGUAUAGCCUGGAUGGUAAUCAUGGGGGAUGGUAUGCAUAAUUUCAGUGAUGGGUUAGCAAUAGGUGCUGCUUUCAGUGCCGGCCUGACAGGCGGAAUUAGUACGUCAGUAGCUGUAUUUUGUCAUGAGCUACCCCAUGAAUUAGGAGAUUUUGCAGUCCUUCUAAAGGCUGGCAUGACUGUAAAUCAGGCAAUUGUGUACAAUCUUCUGUCUGCAAUGAUGGCUUAUAUAGGCAUGCUUAUAGGGACAGCAGUUGGACAAUAUGCCAAUAAUAUUACAUCGUGGAUUUUUGCCAUUACAGCUGGCAUGUUUCUAUAUGUGGCACUUGUUGACAUGCUUCCAGAAAUGCUGCAUGGUGAUGGUGGUAAUGAAGAACAUGGACACUGCCCAGUGGGGCACUUCAUCCUGCAGAAUUUAGGACUUCUACUUGGUUUUGCCAUAAUGCUGGUCAUUGCUCUAUAUGAAGAUAAAAUAGUCUUCGACAUCAACUUUUGAUUAUUAAUGGUACUCUCUUUGGUUCCGUUGUUAAGUAUGUAUUUGUCUGCUAGCUUUGUGUGUCGGAAACCUAAAUACAGCAUAGCUUAUAAAUAAUUGAAAUCCAAAGUAUAAUGGUGAAGUAUUCUGCCAUCCCCUUCAAACUUCAUGGGAAAGUAAUCACUGUGAUAUGCGUUACCUGGCAUCAUUUGUGAGAUCUGAAAUUACUGCUUAUAUUAUUGCAUAUUUCAAGCUUUGAGAAAUGUUGCAUUGUGUACACAUAACUUCCACACCUUUCGGGCAAGUCAAAACAUCAUUGGUCCUUAAUAGGUGUCAGUGUAUCAUUUAAUAAAUACAAUGACAUUUUUAAAUGGUAGUUAUGAAAUUUGUUUGCUUAUGGAAAAAUAAAUGACAUCCUGAGAUAAAGGAGACGCAUCCUUAACAGAGGUAUUAGUUUAACAUGGGAUGGGUUGCUGGAAAAGAUUUAUUUAGCAGAGUACAUAGGUAAUUUUUUUUUAAUUAUCUUUAGGUAUUUGUUAAAAAAAAAAUUACACUUUCUUUCAAAAAGGCCUCUUUUUAUAUAUAUUUUUUUGUGUAUAUGCUGAAGUUAUAUAAAAGUAAAAAUGUUUAGUUUAAAGGUGUAUUUAUCUAGUCUCUUGCACCUAAGUCCCCAAUAAUCAUCCGCUAUUGUUUUUGCCUAUGCCAUAGCAGGAUGCGCUUUAGUUUGUUUGGACUAGGGGGAGGCAUGAUAUAAUGAACAGAGAUUUAUCAAUAUUUUGUCGCCAGAUUUAAAGCAAUAAUUUUUUUAAAAGGCGAAGACAGGCUAGUUUUGCUUUUUAAAAACAGAUUUAAAUCACAGAACUAAUCUCUCCAAAAAUAUAAAAUUUUGACAAAUCACUGUUCAUUACAUUUCCCAAUAGGUCUGCGGGGUAAUAGCCCUGUGAAUCGUAACUACUGAACCUUGUCACUAGAAUGUCUGCUUGUAGUGAAAUGUUACAAGCCUGCUGUACAUGUGAUUUUCUCUUAUUUUAAUUAACUCGCCACAAUUCUUAUUAUUUUUGUUGGGAGGAGGGCUGGUUAGAUUUGUGUUGUGAAAUAAAGCAUAUUGACAAUUGUUA